AUGACAUUCAUUUACAUCCUUCGACAUUCGUUUGCAUCCAUUCCUGAGACCACGGAUUCCGAGAGAUAUUCUGAAGAGGGUCACGAAUACAUCACUACUGUCUUCAAUGUCUUAAAUGACAUUCAUUUACAUCCGUUGCCCUCGAAGUUCGACAUUCGUUUGCAUCCAUUCCUGAGACCACGGAUUCCGAGAGAUAUUCUGUUUGUCUUCGGCGGUUGGAGUGCUUCUAAUGCCACCAAUACUAUCGAGUCGUACGACUGUCGGGUCAACAAGUGGUACACAACUGAUAGCCAGAGUCUAGUGUCCGCACCCUUUCGCUCAUAUCAUGGACUCAUUUCGUUCAAUGGUCUCAUUUAUAUCAUCGGAGGCUUUGAUGGACGACAACAUUUCAAUACUGUAUUCACUUUCAAUCCGAUCACUAAAACAUUGAGUGAGAAGUCUUGUAUGCAUUCCCCCAGGUUUGACAUCAACGUUAGCUUUUUUGAUACCAUUCCAGUCCAUUGA